AUGGGAGAUUCUUCUGAAGUGGAGCUGCCGCCAGAUGUUUCUUCAGAUGAUCCCGGCUCUCUGAAGGAGGAAUCAGAAGUAGAACUUCCACCAGACGUCUUAGAUGAUGAAGAACUUGGCGAUGAUGACUCUUUGCAACAUGAGGUUGUCAAUUCAGUACAUCAUCCUCUUUACAGUUUGAGUGUUGCUGUUGGAGACGGGGUGAACAAGCAGCACCUUGUCCCAAAACGCUACUUGAAUGAAACCAAUGUUUCGUCACUGUGGAACCUCUACCAGAGUGAUGAGAAAGUGCCUUCGAAGGUCUCCAGAGACACAUUCAACAAGGCCUUCAAGAAGCAUUGGCGUUCCAUUUUACAAUUCAAGGGCUAUGGGCAGGGAACCCGUUGUCAAUUGUGUGCUGACCUGGAUGAGGAAAGAAAGCAUUGCACCAGCAAGGAGGAGCGAGCAUCGAUCGACAUUCGAAAGAGGAGGCAUUAUGAAAGAACUGACGCCGACCGCUCGAUGAAUGUACGGUCAAACCAGCUCUCUUGCUUUCCUGCCACUUUUCAGUUGAGCAAUGCAGGCAGCAGGGUGGUCAAAUUUAUGGUUGACGGAAUGGAUCAAGCCAAGUUCAGGACACCAAGAAACUUGGCAGCCAGCUCGGCCUUUGCACAGUGCCACAGGCCGGCUCUGCAUUUGACUGGUGUCAUUGCUUUUGGGCUUUUGGAAGCAUUUUUUUUGUUGGGUCCAGACACCAAAAAGGAUGCAAAUAUGAACAGCACGUGCAUCAGCAUGACGCUGGAUCUGUGCCGAAACCUCCUCGAGCGCCUUGGACCAGAGUAUUCAUUGCCCAGGCAUGCCAUUUUGGCUGCCGAUAACACGCCUCGAGAGGCCAAGAACCAGAUAUUCGCCACGUUUGCAGGAAGCUUGGCGCAGAGGAAAUUGUUUGAUACAAUUGAAGUCCAGUUUAUGCAAGCUGGACACACGAAGAACGAGUUGGAUCAGCGAUUCAGCACUCUGGCGACGGUUCUGUCCAAGGCUCCAGUUCUGGAGACACCGGAGGAAUUCGCUCAAUGCAUCAGAAAAAAUGUCCAGCCACUUCAUGGCAAGGAACUACAUGUCAUUGUCCUGGAGAACACUUGGGACUUCCAGGCCAUGUUUGAGAAGUACCAAUGCCAAAUCAGUGGGCUCACCUCGACCCACCUUCAGCCCAACGCCAACCAUCUGUGGCGUUUUGAACGCCGUGAUUCCCUAGAGAGCAGUUUGAUUGUGGAGGUGAACAACCCUAAAUGGCAGGAUUGUUCGCAGCACUCUGACGAUGUGGUGCUUUCUGUGAAGCAGUAUAUGAGCUCUGCAUGCCAGUCUCAGAGGCCUCAGCUCAUGUUGCCUCAUGACUUGGCUGAGAAAAUGGACUUCCGUGCUGAGCUGAAACCUGCUGAGCGGCGAUGGCUCAGUGAAGAAGUGCAGAAGGAAUUUCGGAAAACAUCGAGGAUCGUUGGCACCGAACCUUGGAGACUUUUCGAAGCCCAAAACUGGCUGCAGGUCCUAUGCGAUGAGAACGAGCAGAAAAUCAACAGACGCCCACCACAGCUCGAUUUUGUCUUGGAGAUGGGGACCACUGGAGAUGUGGGCAUACUGCCUGACUACUCUGACCUUUACAUCCCUGAUGAUCCUGAUCCCCGCGAAGUGCGAGUGGGUCGUGGCGCGAAGGGCAUGAAGCGGCCUGCUGCCGCACCAAGUGGGCCUCCAGUCUUGAAGAGACCAGCGGCUAUGCGACGGCCCGCAGCUGCUCGUCAAGAUGACGCAGGAGGAGGACAUGCAGUGGAAGAGCCAGAAGCUGGCCCAGGUUCGGUAGAAGAGUCUCCUGGCGCUGCAUUUCCCGCUGAAGAUGAACAGGCAGAGCCACCAGAGGCUCAUCUCGCAGAUUUGCCAGACUUGGCCGUCCCCAAAGCAGAAGACCCUCUGCUCAACGAGAUUCGCUUGACAGAUUCUCAGGGAUACACGUUCCAGGAAGUGCUCAGCUGCUUGAAGUAUGAGUAUGACGACGAACGAGCAUACACGGAGAGCUUCAAGACCAAGGGCUCCUCUGGACAGUACAUGAAGUGCAAGGCUGAACCGUGGGGCCAGUGGAAGCGAGAUGCGCUUGAGACUCACGGCUGGCGUAAGCAGCCGGAGGGGGAGCAGAGUCACUACCUGCGAUCGCUGUCGCUGCCGACAGAGAGCCGAGCACAGCCCCUGCCAAGGACAGAAGAAUCAGAAACUGGGCAGUCAAAAGAAGAGCCAUCUGAUGGCUUCAACCGAAAGAAUGAUGAGGAAGGCGCUGGGCACAGUCACCUUUCAGACGCUGCUGCCACAGUGACGCCAAAGCUGGCGCCGCCGCAGGCCAACAUCAUGAGCAACCAGGACGACGCCGUCGUGACAGAGCGCGAUGAUUCCUUCUCUGGAAUUUGGUUGGAGAAAUUCAAAUUGAAGAUGUCUGACUACCCUUCAGGCCCAGCAGCUAUGCUUCAAGCUGAGGUGUCCACCGACGCGGAGUUCCUUGAUUUCAUUCAGUGGCUCUGGACAGAAUUCCCAGAGAAGCCAGAUGUGAUGUACCAGCACUCGAAGGAAUUUGCUGGUGUUGCGGAGGACAUGCUGGCUCAAACACCACCUUCGGCCUUCCACCUUUGUGCCUUUGCUUUUGACGACCGGUGCAGCAUGAAGCCGCCUCCUGGGAAGGAGGCCGCUGUGACGAUGGCAGAGCAUAUUCUGAAGUAUGGCUUCGAGCCCUUCUCCGUUGCCUUUGUGAAGGGAAGGGCUCGAAUCACAACCGUUCUGUCUUUGCUCUGGGUGAUGUUCGAUGGUGGUGUCACUGGCAUUUCAGAGCAGCACAAGUUGCUGUUUGAGAGUUGCAGUGUCAUUUGGACCCAACACCUGCAGCAGCAUACCAAAGAAGAAGAGGUUCUGAAUAACAUGAAGUUCUCCCUCAAAGGAUCACUGCGAAAGGCUUGCAAUGUGAUCCAGAUCGCGCAAAUGAUUCGCAGGCUCUUGAAAGAGGGUGGCACUGACUUUCAAUCCUUCGUAAGAAAAUGGAACACCAGGACGGUGCAAAGUCAGCAGAUCAAGGGCCGCAAGGCCACUUCCCUCAGACUUCUCUUUGAAGCCGCUCCACAGGAUGUCUUGGACAACAUCCUGACCCAUGUCGGUGUGAUGGGCUGGUCGGAGUCCUGCUGGACCGAAGACAACUUGGCGAGCAAGCGGUUGUUUCCAGGCCAUAGUUUCCACACCCGAUCUCGCAAGUGGGCCUCCAGAUUGAAAGUGACUGAUGACAGCUUUCGGUAUAUGGUCAAGAAGGUUCAGCUCUCCGUAGAGACUUGGCGGCCUGAGAAUGGGAAAAGGCCUUGCUACGAUCUUCCAACCAUGGAAGGUGUUGCUGAAAAGUCCGCUGCCUUGUGUGGAAUGGCCAAAGAGUUCUGCAAGGACCACCCUGUAGCCCCUGAUGUUGUUGAGGUCAAGAUCCUCAAAGCUUGGGCUGAGGGCGAUGAGCGCAUUGAAUUGGAGCUCCAGGCCGCACUCUUGGAGAAGCUGGACCAAUUCGAAGUGGGCUUGAACAUGCCCUGCUUCAAGGCUUUGUUGGACGAUGCAAUCUUCAAAGCUCCAGUGUCAUCGAUGCAAGAGCAGGAAUUGCGCGAUGCGUUGAAGAGGGAUGAGUUCGACAAUGUCAUCAAGAAGCUCGAAUAUGACACAAAGGUCUUUGAGAUCUGGCAAAGCAAAUGUCAAGGUGUCACCGUCUCCCGCAACCACGCCAAGACUGAGCAUGUGGUGAAGCAGCACAGGAACACCCAGAAGGCUGUGGAAAAUUAUGUUGAUGGCUGCGUGAGGCUGCUGACGUGGGAAGGUGCGCGUUCCUCUGACACAUUGAUCCCCCAGAUCUUGCAAUUUCGCAUGGAUGCCAUCAAGAAGCUCAAGGUCAAGGUCACAGCGAAUGAAGUCCCGACAGUGACUUUGCUGAAUUGGACAGCUCCUUGCCUCAUGCCUGCCAACAGGCAGAAGGACCACUCCUCAGUGCUGAGUUGGGCCAUGCACGACAAUCUCAACUCUUGUGGGCUGAUCUUCUCGCCGGUCUUUUCCCACCACAAAGGGAAGACUUUCUUGGAGGAGAACGCGGCUUUGUCCAUUCUGUCUUCAGGAGGGCACAAUCUGGACCACCAAUUCAGCCUUUUGUUUCAAGAACGUUGUGACGCAAGAGAUGGCCGUCCGUUGCUGUACCCGGCCAGAUUUGCUUUCCCUGGCCACAUUGUGGAUUUGGGCAAGUCAGCUCCGUUUUUUCAGUCAGAAUUGAGGAAAAAUGGAAGGACCGAGGCUUGCAAACAAAUGGCCGCCAAGGACCUCAAGGAGAUUGAAGAUGUGGCUGAGGAUUCGCUGCCCUCUGUGACAGGCAUUGGCUAUGUCAGUGGAGCUGCGAAAUACUCACAGUUCGGCUUGCCAGCAGCAGAAGAAGUGUUGAAGAAACUCUUUCAAGGAGCUUCGCUUGAAAAUGUCCACGCAGUCUUGCUGUUGGAUCUCAAUCCUCGGGUCGGUGACUUCGCCCAAGCUUUUUGCAAGUUGCGCAACCAGCUCGGCUGCUCUGCUUCGUUGUUCUACUGCGCUGUGGGUGACAAGGGCAAGGAUUUGGAUUGGAUGCGCCUCAGCCUCAUUGAGGAUUUGGUGGACAAGGCGAAACAUGGCCAGAUUCAGAUCCCAGGGAUGACACCUCACCAGCAAGAGAUCAGCUCUGAUCUUUUGGAGCCCCUACCGACUUUGCCCAUCAUGAACCUGUUGGUCACCACUGGAGAGGCAGAAUUCAAGAAGCUGCAAAUUCCGCACCACCUUGUCAAGAAAUGGCGCGCAGACGACGAAUUUGGUGAUGAAUUUGGAAAGUGGUUGGAUGGAUUUUGUGAGAAGUACAGUGUGACCGAAGAAAGCCAGCCUACUUCUGAAACCACAUCUCCUCAGAAGACUACUGCCGGUGGUACUGCUGAAGUUGUGGAGCCUUCCCCCAAAAGGCUCAAGGCUGAUGAGGUGGCCGCCGACAAGAUCUUCGAGAACGAUUUGAUCAAGGACGCUUUGCUAAAGCUUUUCUUGGUGAACUUGACCCAGCAAGAGCAGAUCCUCAAGAGUGGUGCCUCCCUGAUUGGCUUUGGGCGCGGCAAUUUCAAGCUUUUCAAGGAAGGCGACCCAUUGCCAGAGAAGGCCUUGACAUAUAUGAUUCCAGACUCUGACACGCUGGUUUGCUUGAAUGGUGCCCUCAUGACCAUCUCUGAUGUUGUUCACCAGCAGCGAAGCAAAAACCCAGAAGCCCAGGUCUGCUACUACGAGACCAAUCACGUUCCGGAGACGCAGAAGAAGUACACCUUCAAAAUGAAGCACAAAGUGGUUUUCGUUCCGGCUGGCAAGGCUGCCAGUGAGAAUGCUGAGAAGGAAGAGAAGGAGGUGGCCCUUGCUGCAUCCAACAUUGGCGCGAAGGAA